AAUAAAAAACGUAUUUGGAUAUAUUUGGAUAUAAACACGUCUUACCAAUAAUUUAAUAAAAUGAAACUAAAAAAUAACACAGUACAAACGUAGGUGUACUGAAUUAGAGUUUGUUCAUUUCACUUGCUUAUUUCAAUUGUAGAAUGUUGCAAUUUCCGAUUAAGUACAGAUAUUACAGCUUGUGUACUUUAAAAGGAAUGACGUAACUAUACGAAUAUAUAUAUAUUUGUCAUGGAAGAGCUUCUUGGCGUUUAUCAUUAAUAUCGUAUAGUGUCAACUUCAUGUUAACAAUCUGUUUUGUUUAAUAGGAAGUAAAUGUGCAACAUCCAUCUAAACUAGAGCACCUGAACGAACAGAAAGAAGAGAAAAGCAGUACGUAACCCAAACUGGAAGUUUAAAAAUUAUUUCCAGAAGAAGCUAUUGAGCUGACAGCAGAUUGUGAUAAGAACAGAACCAAUGGGACAUUUAAAGCCACGUGAAGUUCGUGCAAGGAUAGUUACGAUGGGAGCGGAUACAACAAACGGGUUCAGAUGGCGGGAAAUGACGUGUGAACAGAUUGCAGUAUUGAUGACUAUUUAUUUCACUUAUUUAACUACCUGGCUAAAUUUAUCGAUUCCGGCGCCAAUCUUUCCAAAAGAGGCAAACAGGAAAGGUGUAAAUGCAACGGUAUCAGGAUGGGUGUUUGGCGUGUUUGCGCUUGUGCAGUUUAUUGUUUCUCCAUUCUAUGGACGAUUGUUGUCUAAAGGGUUUAGUUGUAGAUCCUUGUUAGCUUUUGGAUUGCUUGUCUGUGGUGGCUGCACCAUAACUUUUGGUAUGCUGACCUUAAUAGAUACUACAUCUUUGUUUGUACUGCUGUGUUUUCUGGUGCGAAUUCUGUUGGCAGUUGCCUGUACCAUUUUAAGCAAUACCGGACUAGUAUUGCUGGUACAAUACUUUCCUAACAAUGUAGCAACUCUUUUUACUGGUGGAUAUAUUUUACCCUUUGCUGCAUUAGGUUCUAUCGCCAUACUAGCUCUGCCUUUCUUCUGGAUUUUUGUUCCUCAGCAAAAAGCAAAGAAAUCUACAAAUGCAGACAUGGAACUCUCAAUGUUGAAGUUACUUUUACAUCCAAAGUCAAUUGUAAACUCUAUAGUAAUUGUCCUUAUAGCUGUAGCAUGGACUGUCCUUGACGCAACACUGGAGCCUCAUCUCAGAAAGCAUGGUAUUCAGCCCAAAAUAGUCGGAAUUAUGUUCCUUGUAAUGGCAGCAUUUUAUUCCACAACAUCUCCACUCUGGGGGCGACUAGCCGACAAACUACCAGAAAAUAGAAUCAUGAUUGUCAUUGGUUUAAUACUAAUUGCCAUUGGUUUACUUUGGUUAGGACCGUCUCCGCUUCUUCCGUUUUCCGUGAAAUAUGAUUUUGUGUGGUAUACUGCCGUAUCUCUGGCAAUAAUUGGAACAGCUUAUGGUAUGUGUGUUGUGCCCACAUAUAGCAUCUAUCUCAGUGUCCUCAGAGAAAUCAAUUACCCACAAAAUAACUCAACCCAUGGAAUGGUAUCUGGUCUAUUUACCUCCAUGUACUCUUCGGGAAGUUUUAUUGGGCCCAGCCUCGGAGGGUUUCUGUAUGAUCUUAUUGGGUUUGAAUGGCUCGUUACAUUUGUUGCAGUGGCAUGUUCUCUGAUGGGCUUUCACGUUUUUGUGACCCUGUUGGUGGAGGGAAAAGCCGUGGAAAAGCAAUACUCGACCGACAAUACGCUUAUAUAACAUUUUGUUAUACAUAUAUAACAGUGAUGAAAGAACAAGAUUGUUCGUAAUGUUGUACUAGAAUGUAUAACAGGCUAUCACUUUGCAUAUAGAUUUUAUUAACGUUCUUAACAGCCGUCUGCGUCAGUAAAGUUACAUCCCGUACCUGGACUAUGUAGUUUUUGUGUUGCGCUGGAGCCGAUGCUGGGUCGUGAGGGAUGUUGCAUACUUGCUCAAAACUAGUCUUGGUUGCGUUCUUCCUUCGAAAUUGUACUUAAAUUAUUAUCCUUCCGAUAACCAUGAUUAGUUUAGAACGAAAUCCAAACGAUGAGUAUGUUUAAAUACACAUACAUUUUUAAAAUGUCUUUUCAAUCACUAACAGCACAUUUUUAUAUUAGACUUACUUGAAAACAGUUUGUUGUAACUGAAAAUUCCGAAAAUUUUACAUGAACCAUAAAAACAGUUGCAAGAAGAAGUCUUCCUGGAAUCAGGGCAGAUAGUCCAGCUUAUGUAUAAACGUCCCCUGGGGUAUUUGUGUUUUUACGUAUUUAGAAACAUCGCCCCUUCCAUAUUGUAUAAUUAUAAUAUAAAGGCGAAAUUAUAUGAUAUUAAAUAAUGAUAUUCUUUU